GUUCUGCCACAGUCAACAGUGUGUGCCAAGAUCAUGGAGCUGCUGGGCCAGAACAAGGUGGACCAUCGCCAGAGGAAGGUGGCCAUCAUCAGCCAGGACAGCUUCUACAGAGUGCUGACGGCCGAGCAGAAGGGGAAGGCACUGAAGGGCCAGUACAACUUUGAUCAUCCAGAGGCGUUUGAUACGGACUUAAUGUACCAAACCUUGACAGACAUCGCAGAGGGAAAAGUGGUUCAGGUGCCAACGUAUGACUUCGUAACUCAUUCCAGGUAAGAAGGAAGCAAUUCACAUUGGCCCUUCCCAUUUCACUAAUUCCCCUCCUCGACUCCUAUCCUCGAUACUUA